AUGCCACAAGGAAAUUAUAUUGAAGAGCACCAAAAGAAACAUGGUCACAGAUUAGACUACUUUGAAACUAAACGAAAGAAGGAAGCCCGUCUUCAUAAGAAGACCUCUAAAAUGGCUGCCAAGUUAAGAGGUAUCAAGGCAAAAUUGUUCUCACAACGAAGACAUGCCGAAAAAGUGCAAAUGCAAAAGACCAUUCGAGAACAUGAACAAAAGAAUAAGGAAGAACGAACACCAACAGAAGAUAUUGUUCACGGAGGUGCUGUGCCUUCUUAUUUGAUGGACCGUGAGGGUGUCUCUCAUGCUAAAAUUCUUUCAAAUACACUCAAACAAAAGAGAAAAGAAAAGGCUGGUAAAUGGGCUGUUCCAGUUCCAAAGGUUAGAGCUUUGAAUGAAGAUGAAAUGUUCAAGAUUGUUCGUAGCGGUGAACGAAAGAGACAAAUGUAUAAGAGAAUGAUUAAUAAGGUCAGCUUUGUUGGUGAGGACUUUACAAGAAAACCACCCAAGUUUGAAAGAUUUAUUAGGCCAAUGGCUCUCAGAUUCACAAAGGCCAACGUCACACAUCCAGAAUUGAAGGCAACCUUCCAAUUGCCAAUUUUAGGAGUGAAAAAGAAUCCACAAUCAUACAUGUAUACAACUUUAGGUGUUAUUACUAAGGGUACUGUGCUUGAAGUGAACGUUUCGGAUUUAGGUCUUGUAGCACCAAACGGUAAAGUUGUGUGGGGUAAAUACGCUCAAGUGACCAACAAUCCUGAGAAUGAUGGAUGUAUUAACGCCGUAUUGUUGGUGUAG